AUGGAGCGGAGGCUGUCGGCGGUGUCCAAGCGGUCGGCGCCGUCGCCCAUCCAGCAGCUGUCCCACCUGGCGCAGCGCGUCGGCGCCGUCAACCUCGCCGCGGGCUUCCCCGACUUCCCCGCGCCGCCCCACGUCAAGGCCGCCGCUGCCGCCGCCAUCGCCGCGGACCUCAACCAGUACAGGCAUGUGCAGGGGAUCUGCGACAUCCUCGCCAAGACGAUGAAACGGGACCAUGGCCUCGACGUCGACCCACUCACGGACUUCGUCAUCUGCUGCGGCCAAUCCGAAGCAUUCGCUGCGGCUAUCUUUGCAAUAAUCGACCAAGGAGAUGAAGUUUUGCUCUUCGACCCUGCUUAUGAAACCCCACACAAUCCAACAGGGAAGGUCUUCAGCAAAGAGGAGUUGCUUAUUAUUUCCCAGGCUUGUCAGAAAAUGGACUGCUUUGCGAUAACUGAUGAGGUUUAUGAGUAUAUUACUUAUGAUGCGAACAAGCAUAUCUCACUGGCUUCUCUUCCAGGGAUGCAAGAGAGGACCAUCAUCACAUCCUCACUGUCAAAAACUUACAGUGUAACUGGUUGGAGACUCGGUUGGGCUUGUGCAGCAGCAAGCAUCGCCUCAGCUAUUAGAAAUAUCCACAUUAAACUAACAGAUUCAGCUCCUGCGCCAUUCCAAGAAGCUGCAUUGAUUGCAUUAACAAGCACAGCAGGCUACUACACAUCCCUGAAAAAAGACUAUGAGGUGAAAAGAGACUUCAUCCUUCAGUUGCUGAAAGACUUCGGCUUCAAAAUCAGCUUCAAGCCACAAGGUUCAGUAUUUGCGUUUGCUGAGCUGCCAAGGUCCUGUCAACUUUCAGAUAUAGAAUUUGUGAUGAAGUUGAUCAACGAUGCUGGUGUGGCUGCCGUGCCUGGCCGUGGGUUCUUCCACAAGACUUAUGACGGUGAAAGCUACAGUCACCGGUAUGUCAGGUUUGCAUUCUGCAAGGGCGACGACACACUUAAGGCUGCUGCCAUGAAGAUGAGGAAACUGGCAAGCAGGCCGGGAGAACCAUGGCUUACUGGCAGAGAAGAUCAAACUAUGCUCGCCUCUAAUUGA